AGGUUGGCACCUCGGGGGCCGAGUUCAGGUGGCGGCGCCGGGCGCAGCGCAGGGGUCACGGCCACGGCGGCGGACGGCUGGAAGGGCAGGCUUUCUUCGCCGCUCGUCCUCCUUCCCCGGUCCGCUCGGUGUCAGGCGCGGCGGCGGCGGCGCGGCGGGCGCACUUCGUCCCUCUUCCUGUUCCCGCUCGUCCCGGAGCGGGCACUCUUGGCUGUGCCAUCCCCCGACCCUUCACCCCAGGGACUGGGCGCCUGCACUGGCGCAGCUCGCGGAGCGGGGGCCGGUCUCCUGCUCGCCUGUCGCGCCUCCAUGUCGGAUAACCAGAGCUGGAACUCGUCGGGCUCCGAGGAGGAUCCGGAGACGGAGUCCGGGCCGCCUGUAGAGCGCUGCGGGGUCCUCAGCAAGUGGACAAACUAUAUUCAUGGGUGGCAGGAUCGUUGGGUAGUUUUGAAGAAUAAUACUUUGAGUUACUACAAAUCUGAAGAUGAGACAGAAUAUGGCUGCAGGGGAUCCAUCUGUCUUAGCAAGGCUGUGAUCACACCUCAUGAUUUUGAUGAAUGUCGGUUUGAUAUCAGUGUUAACGAUAGUGUUUGGUAUCUUCGUGCUCAGGAUCCAGAUCACAGACAGCAGUGGAUAGAUGCCAUUGAACAGCACAAGACUGAAUCAGGAUAUGGAUCUGAGUCCAGUUUGCGUAGACAUGGCUCAAUGGUGUCCCUGGUGUCUGGAGCAAGUGGCUAUUCUGCUACAUCCACGUCUUCAUUCAAGAAAGGACACAGUUUACGUGAGAAACUUGCUGAAAUGGAAACCUUUAGAGACAUCUUAUGUAGACAAGUCGAUACUCUCCAGAAGUACUUUGAUGUCUGCGCUGAUGCUGUCUCCAAGGAUGAACUUCAAAGGGAUAAAGUGGUAGAAGAUGAUGAAGAUGACUUCCCUACAACUCGUUCUGAUGGAGACUUCUUGCACAAUACCAAUGGUAAUAAGGAAAAAUUAUUUCCACAUGUAACACCAAAAGGAAUUAAUGGUAUAGACUUUAAAGGGGAAGCAAUAACUUUCAAAGCAACUACUGCUGGAAUCCUUGCUACACUUUCUCAUUGUAUUGAGUUAAUGGUAAAACGGGAAGAGAGCUGGCAAAAAAGACAUGAUAAGGAACAGGAGAAGAGAAGACGAGUAGAGGAAGCAUACAAGAACGCCAUGGCAGAACUUAAGAAGAAACCCCGCUUUGGAGGGCCAGACUAUGAAGAAGGUCCAAACAGUCUGAUUAACGAGGAGGAGUUCUUUGAUGCUGUUGAAGCUGCUCUUGACAGACAAGAUAAAAUAGAGGAACAGUCACAGAGCGAGAAGGUCAGGUUACACUGGACUACAUCUUUGCCAUCUGGUGAUGCCUUUUCUUCUGUUGGGAGUCAUAGAUUUGUUCAAAAGCCCUAUAGUCGCUCUUCCUCCAUGUCUUCCAUUGAUCUAGUCAGUGCCUCUGACGAUGUUCACAGAUUCAGCUCCCAGGUUGAAGAGAUGGUACAGAACCACAUGAAUUAUUCAUUACAGGAUGUAGGUGGUGAUGCAAAUUGGCAACUGGUUGUAGAAGAAGGAGAAAUGAAGGUAUACAGAAGAGAAGUCGAAGAAAAUGGGAUUGUUCUGGAUCCUUUGAAAGCUACCCAUGCAGUUAAAGGUGUUACAGGACACGAGGUCUGCAAUUACUUUUGGAAUGUUGAUGUUCGCAAUGACUGGGAAACUACUAUAGAAAACUUUCAUGUGGUGGAAACAUUAGCUGAUAAUGCAAUCAUCAUUUAUCAAACGCACAAGAGAGUGUGGCCUGCUUCUCAAAGAGACGUGCUGUAUCUUUCUGCUAUUCGAAAGAUCCCAGCCUUGACUGAAAACGACCCUGAGACUUGGAUAGUUUGCAAUUUUUCUGUGGAUCAUGACAGCGCUCCUCUGAACAAUCGAUGUGUCCGUGCCAAAAUCAAUGUUGCUAUGAUUUGUCAAACCUUAGUAAGCCCACCAGAGGGAAACCAGGAGAUAAGCAGAGACAACAUUCUGUGCAAGAUUACGUAUGUAGCUAAUGUGAACCCAGGAGGAUGGGCACCAGCCUCGGUGUUAAGAGCAGUGGCAAAACGAGAAUAUCCUAAAUUUCUAAAACGUUUUACUUCUUACGUCCAAGAAAAAACUGCAGGAAAACCGAUUUUGUUUUAGUAUGAACAGUGACUGAAGCAAGGCUGUGUGACAUUCCAUGUUGGAGAAAGAAAGCAAGAAGUUGAGUGCUCUAAGCUGGAACACAGGAUCUACAGCCUUGUCUGUGGCCCAAGAAGAACCAUGGCAAUAGUAAAGCUGGGUAUCUAACACUAGCCAUCUCCUGCUAGAUCUCCUCGCUCAGCGUGUAACUAUAAAUACAUGUAAAAUCACA